GGGGUGAGCGGGUGGCUGCGCCCGCCGUGAGGGCCGCCGGCGGCGUGGCGGGCCGGGCCGGGCAUCGGCGGGCUGCGUGCGGCUGUGCUGCGGCGGGACCGAAGCGGACGGCUGCGCGGAGCCGGGCCGUGGGGCGGGAGGCGUUGCGCGGGGGCUUCGGCGUUCGCCCGGGGUCACUCGCCGCCGGCGGGCCCGGCGCUCGCGCCCUCAUCCGGUGCGCCGGGCUGGCGGCGGCUUUGCCGUCCUCCUGAGGAGAUAACGUUCAGUCUUAAAUCAGGUCAGUUACCCAGAGUGAUACAUCAAGGGGCUGUAGAAUCAGCUUGUGCUGUCACAUUCUUACAGAGGAUUUGGCACCGGCAAAUUCCUGAUAUCUUUGUGGACAGUGUCACUGGUAAUGGACAGGUGAUGGGCAAAAUUCUGGACCAGAGACACCGAAGACAAGGAAAGGAGACCUGUGAAAACAUGCAAGGAAACAACAGUGUGAAAAGAACACUCUAUCAUCUUCAUAACAUGGCAUAAUAAAGCAGUGAAGAGAAACUGAAGGAAGGAAGCAUUACAUGUCUUACUGAUCAGAAAACUUUCUGAAUUGUUUGGGAAAGCUACAUGUAUAUGUAGUAAAAUCUAAAAAGGUUGAAACUGUGUGGAGAGCAUGGGUUAUGAUAUUGAGCGUUUUGUUGGCUACGUGAAUGAAGGGCUAUUAUGCUCCAUCUGCCGCGAUGUGUUAGAAGAUCCAUUACAGGCUCCUUGUGAACACGCUUUCUGUACUGCUUGUAUUCAUGGGUGGCUCAUUCAUCACAGUAACUGCCCUGAAGACAGACAAACCAUUGAUGUAUCUUUGCUGCGACCUCUCUACAGAUAUAUGAAAAAUGAUUUAAACCGUCUUCAGCUACAUUGCAAAAACAGAGAGUAUGGCUGUGAAAUGGUUUGUUCUCUGGAGUCUAUAGACAGGCAUGAAAGGGAAUGUGAAUACAGUCAGAUACCUUGCUCCAAUGCCGGUUGUACAGUUCAGAUUGAACGACGUAACUUAGACGGUCACCUGGCAGUGUGUGAGUACCGGAGCCGUGAGUGCCCCAAUGGUUGUGGUUACACCAUCCUCAGUGCAGAAGACACACAGCAUAAUUGUGUAGCAGAGCUAAGAACCGAGCUGGAGUUACUUCGGUCAGAAAUGAUCUGCAGAGUAGAGGAGGCAAAACAUGAGAUGGAAUCAAGGUUAGAUUCACAGAGAAGGCAUAUGGUCCAAAAAGAGAGUAUUCUGCAAAAUGAAAUUGAAGAACUAAAGAGUCAGAUGUCACGAAUGAUGUCAGAUAUACGCUCUCUGAUGGCUGCAGAAAGACAGCACCGUCAAGAGCUGGAGCAGGCAGAGCUGGAAAAACGGGAAUUAAUGGAGCUGCUGAGGGGGCUGCAGAAGGACUGUCGAUUAACUACUACGGAAGGAAGCAGGAAGGCAACAAAUUUCCGUCCUCUAGCUCGACUAGAGAGUGUAAAACGAAAACCUAGGGAAGUUACAGUUAUCUAAGCAGAAGUUUAACGCUGCUUGAACAUUAAUAUCCACAACAGAUGAAUAUUUGCACAGUCACUUGGACUUCGGACGUCUUUAUUAGUACUCAAUUUUGCAACGGUGUCAGAGCUAGGAUGUUUUAACAGACCGACAAAUACUGAAUCAAAGGGGCAUUUAUCUGGAAGGACUGCAUGAGAAAUCUGUACGUUUCAAAGACUUUUCUCUAAACUUCUCACACAGCCUGUCCAUGUUGGUUUCAGUGCUAGGAUUAAGCCAUAUUCUGUCCUCUGUUGCAGCUUGUCAGUGGAGUAACUAGGGGAGUACUGGCCUCCUGUUCACUGAAUGUGCUAAAUCAGUUCUGAACUUUCAGGAAAAUGUGUGCAGGUGCAGCAAUUUGAAUAAGCUAAUUUUAUAGGUUAGAAAGCAAAUACAUUACUGUGCAUGCCUUGCUGUCACUCAGAGCAGUGCUUUUAUGAUUAACAGCAUAACCAAAGAGAGAGGCAGCAUCCUUCUUUAGCACAUACACUACAUUACAAAGACUUGUGGUCAGAGCUGUCUUAAUUCCCGGCAUUAAUAAAUCCUUUUAACUUGCUGUUUCUUUAGUACCACUGAAGCAGAUAUGCACAGGUUCAGGUCUCGUGCAUUUAAAAACUGACAGAAAUAACUCUUCUGUAAGAGGUUGGGGUUUUUUUCUGAAAGAAAACUCAUAGGGAGGGUUAUGUCCAAAUACUUACCUGUUCUCAGUCCUUAUAGUCCAGAUUAAAUUACAAUCAUUGACAGUAUUUAGGUCGCUAGAGUGCUCUCACCAACUCGUGACAUAGCAUAUCUCUUAAGCAGCCGCAUUUAACAAUCUGAAACAGUAAAACAGUAGCUGUAAUUUGGGAAGAACUUUAUUUACACUAAACGUUCAGUGGUCAAUUCACAUAUGUCAGUGUGCGUAUUAAAGCUGUAGGUAGACAGUAAGAAUGCUUUUAUUGUGUUCUCAGUAAGCAAGCUGUUAGUGUCUGUGGUCCGUGCCUACUUCAGCAUUCACACUAAUUUUUGAAGCUUCUUGGCAACACCAGAUUUCAUGCUAUUAGAAUCAGUAUAUUUUCAGGAAGUGCUUUUCUGUGUACUGUAACUGUGGUUCUGUGAUGUGGUUUUAUCUACUUCGCUUAAUGUGAAAGAAGAAAAUUCCUUCAAAAUCCUAUAGAACUCAGAUGAGCUGGAUCAUCUUUCCCACGUUGGAGGGCAGUAGUGAUCACUCCAUCUUUUCUGUUUUGACCAGAGAAAAAGGCAAGUUCUUAGCUCUGCGCUUUCUCCGUAAUAGGAUCUCUACACUUGUUUGUUCUAGGAAUUUCACCCACUUAUGACUAAAUUCAUUCUAGCAUAGGAAAGAGGGUUUAUUUAAUAUUUACUUAGCAUUUGGUCUGCUGUCUGUCUCCUAAGCGAUGGACAUGAAACCACAUGAGAAAACGCAUCCUACGUGGUAAGGAAGGAGUUUCUGCUGCACAGUCUGUGUAGCUUCUAGUUGCCAGCUCUGGAGAGUCCGAACUUCCCGUGUUGAAAUGCGGCAACACUUUGGGCCCACCUGCUGCUGGAAUGGCCUGCUGGCUCGGGUUUCCUUUGGCAGAAGAGAAGCACUUGCAGAGGUAUUUUAGAUGGGCACAUACUAGCUAAGAGCAUCGGAUCUCUCCAGUUACUUUAAGCUCAGACCCGUUCCUCAACGUUGAUACCUGUUCUGCACUGAAGAUUUCCUCUGCUAAUGAACCACUCACAGGGUGGCGUACGCUUAAGUAUGGUCAUCAUUUUACCUGUCUUAAAAUUAACUAGGCUGAAAUUAAAUAGUCCAUGAUGUUAAUAUUUAUCUAGUUUUAGCUUUUCCAGGCUCAUGCAUUACACAGCUCUUAGUAACAGCUGGCAGAAGCGAGGAAUUUUUUUCUUUCUUUCAAAUAGUCUGUUAAACCUUUUUAUAAAAACUAAGGGUCCAAAUAUUGUAGUAGACUUGGUGUAAGAGAAGACAUUCAUUUGGAAAUGCUACUUCCUUAGUCAUGAUCAUAUCUUAGGAUUAUAUGAGAGAUACUGCUAAAAGUGCAUUACGGGAGGGUUCCAGCACUGAAUUACUGGUAUUAGUAUUCUCAUACUAAAUCACACUUCGAUCAGUUCCGUUUCCUCACAGGUGGAACUGUGCUGAGUCUGCUCAGGUGGACCAGUAACCGCGCAAGCAGUUGUAUUUCUAGUUGCUUCUAAUAGCACUUUGCAGCUACAAAAGGGAGAGCAAAGACUGUGGAGCAGGGAGACUGGAGAGAAAGACUAAGUGUGGUCCGACUGUCUUCCCUCAGCACGAGAGCAGCGGUGCAGCUGCACCAGCCCGUGCACCAGCAAGCUUACCAGUGUAAGGGGCUGCGAUUAACACAGCAUUAGAAUUGAAAAGAGAUUAAAUCUUCAGCAACAUGUAAGCAGAUACUAAAUGUAAUAGUACCAAAACUGGGAGAGUCGCAAGCAAAACUCAGAGAGGGCAGGGUGUUAAGUUAUGUAUGUAAGAUUACAAGGUGUUACAGGAGUUGAGCAAAUCCUUAUCCUGCAUUGACUUGAGUGAAAAAGAGUAACACGAAGGAUGGAGAGAAAUUAGUAUUUUAAAGUGAGUGGAAAGUUUGUCUUUGAAAGAAAACAAACAUUUACAUAUUUAUUCUGAUGACCUGAGAGGCCAAUUACAAAUACAUUAAAACUAGUUCCCUUAACUGACUUCUCCACUUAAGUCAAAUUCAAGACAAAAUAUUGUUUCCUCUGUUUCCUUCAGCAUUAAAGCUGUGUUCUCCUGUUCUCCUGCACUCCUUCCAAAGCAAAAAAUUGUCAGUGGUCUUGGCCAGCACGGAGCACUGCUGCUCAUGUUACUUUAUUCGGAACGGGAACAGUGAUUCUGGGGAGAACUCCCAGUAGAUUUAAUGAGAUUCAACAAAAGGGAUGGAACUGAGAACCGUGCGUCUGAGUCAGGUGCAGGGGUGGCAAAGAAGAAUUUUGCUGGACUUCCUAAUUAAGGUGGCAGUUUUUAAUUAGGAUAAUUCUAAUACUUGAUUAACAGUGUCAUACAAGAUAAAUUAAUUUAUCUGAAUGUACAAGAGUUUCUUGCCAGCACAGAAGGGAACGGAGUUACAUGAUCAAGCAAAAUACCUAAUAUGGUGAAGAAUUUUGGCCAAAAGUGGUUUUCUCUCAAACGUUCUUGGGAAGUUUAACACAUUCCUAGAUCCCAGGUGGCAAACAGUUCCUGAGAGAUGUAGAAGGGGUAGCCUUGCAAAUUAAAUUUUCCAUGUGCUGUCCCCUCGGAUGUUUCUGGCAUGGUGCUUUCCUACAGCCCGCGUACCUGGGAGUGCUGGGUGGUAUUUAAGAGGAGCAGUACCAGCCUUGCCUUUCUCCCGCGCUGCUUAUCGGAUGAAGUAUGGUAGGUCAGGGAGAUUUUACCACAUGCCUUUAUAAAGACCUACAAUUCUAUGCAACUUUCUAUUAACAAAUAAACAUUGAACUGUCUUCCAGCAUAAUGGUUCACUGCCAAUCUAUUUACAUUUUCUAUCUUUAUAUACAGAAGAAGGAUAAACCAGUGCUUGACAGACCUUAAUCUCUAGUCUGUAAGAGAAACAGUAACAUUAUUUGUAUCACUUUGAAGUACACUUUGUAUAAAAGUUGAACUAAUAAAGGGUCUGUACCUUA